UCCCUUUCGUCUCUUCGUCCUUUACUUCCAGUUAUAUAAGCACAAGCUUCACUUUGUCUAACCAGACACUUCUCCGGGCGGAAGUUCAAUAACGGAAGCGGAAGUGAGCACGCCGUAGACUGUGGGUCUGAAAUCUGGUUGACGCAGUCUGCGGCCACUGCUGAGCUUUGGGUAGGCCAGGCUGGGGGAUCGGCCCUGGAUCUCUGCUGUCGCAUCUCCCUACCCCGGACACCUUCCAGCAUCAAGUCUACUAUCCUCGCCGUGGCCACGCCCCUCCGCAGCCUGUCUUCUCUGCAUCCUGGCUGCUCUGCUUCCUGGCUGUUCCUCCCCGGGUGGAGGGGAGAGGCAGCCAUCCACUUGCAGGUGGAGCGGGGUGGAGACUCUUCCUGAGCCCAGCUGCAGGACACUGAGGACCAGCGAGAUUCAUAGGACCCAAUUAUGGGUGUAAGAGGUUUGCAGGGGUUUGUGGGGAGUACGUGCCCACACAUAUGUACCGUAGUCAAUAUCCACGAGCUGGCAGAACGUCACCGAAACAAGUACCCUGGAUGUACGCCUACCAUUGUGGUGGACGCCAUGUGCUGUCUCCGAUACUGGUACACAGCAGAGUCGUGGGUCUGCGGCGGCCAGUGGAGAGAAUACUAUUGUGCUUUGAGAAAUUUUGUUGCAGCCUUCACCUCUGCCGGCAUCAAGUUGAUAUUCUUCUUUGAUGGCAUGGUGGAGCCAGGGAAGCGAGAUGAGUGGGUAAAGCGUAGACUCAAAAACAACCGGGAGAUAUCCAAGAUUUUUCACUACAUCAAGUCGAAAAGAGACCAGCCAGGCAGAAACAUGUUCUUCAUUCCCUCCGGGCUGGCCAUAUUCACACGGUUCGCCCUGAAGACACUGGGCCAGGAGACUUUCUGUUCAUUACAGGAGGCAGACUACGAGGUGGCUUCUUAUGGCCUCGAGCACAACUGUCUGGGGAUCCUUGGGGAAGACACUGACUACUUAAUUUAUGACACUUGCCCCUACUUUUCGAUUGGCGAUCUCUGCCUAGAGAGUCUCCAGACCAUCAUGCUCUGCCGAGAGAAGCUCUGUGAGAGCCUGGGCCUCCGUGUGGCAGACCUUCCUCUGCUGGCCUGUCUGCUUGGCAAUGACAUCACUCCAGAGGGCAUGUUUGAAAGCUUUCGGUACAAGUGCUUGUCAUCCUAUGCUUCUGUGAAAGAGAAUGCUGGCAAAAAAGGAAAUGUUAUCUUAGCUGUCUCAGACUAUAUCGCCAAAGUUCUUCAUUUGUAUCAAGGUGAGAAGAAGAUAGAAGAGAUGCUACCCUUGGGGCCAAACAAAGCUCUUUUUUAUAAAGGAGUAACCUCAUAUCUUUUGCCAGGGCAGAAAUCUCCAUGGUUAGUUCAAAAACCCAAAGGCAUGAUAACAGACAAGCAAAUGGUGAGUUUAAAUCCCGAAUCCAAGCAAGAAGUCCCUAUGUGUAUAGAUCCUGAAUUCAAGCAAGAAGUUCCUGUGUGUACUAAUCCCGAGUCCAUGCAAGAAGUUCCCAUGUGUAUGGAUCCUGAGCCCAACCAGGAAGCUUCCAUGUGCACAGAUCUCGAACCCAAACAAGAAGUUCCCAUGUGCACAGACUCCGAAUCCAAGCCAGAAGUUUCCCUAUAUACAAACCCAGAGAGCAAGCAAAAAUUACCUUCAGGAAUAGACACUGAAUUUAACCUAGAAGCACUCAUGUGUACACACCCUGAAUUUAAACAAGAAGAUGUCAUGGAUAUGGAACCUGAAAUAAAGCAAGUAACCAUGGUUUCCGAGUCUGAGAUCUUAAAGGUUGCCAGGAUGCAUCACGUCCACUCAGAAAGCUACCUAGUGUACAACAUUAUGAGCAGUGGGGAGAUAGAGUGCAGCAACACCCUAGAGGAUGAGCUGGACCAAGCGCUCCCGAGCCAAGCUUUUAUCUACCGCCCAGUCCGGCAGCGCGUCUACGCACUCCUACUCGGGGACUGGAAAGAUGGAGCCAGCACUGGCCCAGUGGUCAAGGAGUGGUUUGUGUACCCCGGUAACUCCCUGAAGCACCCAGACCUAGUUAGGCCUCUGCAGAUGACCAUUCAAGGAGGAACACCUAGCUUGGAAGUUCUGUGGCUGAGCCAAGAGCCAGCAGCGCAGGCCCGGCGCCUGGACACGUUGCUAGCCUGCUUCAACCUUUCCUCCUCAAGAGAAGAGCUGCAAGCAGUUGAGAGCCCACUGAGAGCGCUGUGCUGCCUCCUGAUCUACCUCUUUGUCCAGGUGGACACUCUUUCCCUGGAAGAUCUGCAUGCAUUUAUCGCUCAGGCCUUGUGCCUCCAAGGAAAAUCAACCUCCCAGCUCAUGCACUUACAGCUGGAUUACAUUAACUCCAGAGCUGUGCAGCUGGGAUCCCUCCUCGUCCGUGGCCUCACCACGUUGGUACUAGUCAAUAGCGCAUGUGGCUUCCCCUGGACAACAAGUGAGUUUAUGCCCUGGAAUGUGUUUGAUGGCAAGCUUUUCCAUCAGAAGUACCUGCAGUCUGAAAAGGGAUAUGCCGUGGAAGUUCUUUUGGAACAAAAUAGAUCGUGGCUCACCAAGUUCCAUAACCUGAAGGCAGUGGUCUGCAAGGCCUGCUCCAAGGAGAACCGACGCAUCGUAGGCAGAACACAUUGGGACUCUCCUUACACAGGGAGGCAAGGGAGACAGGGCUACAGCUCCUACAGGACAGACUCCACACAUGGCCAUUCUGGGCAGUCAUGGAGAAACCAGGGUUCAGGGGGCAGACAGCAUGAACGUAACCACUGGAGAAGAUACUAGAUGCUGUACAGAAGCGUGUGGAAACAGGAUCAAUGCCCGGACUCUGCCUUCCAGUCUCAGCAACAAGGACAGCAACCGGGGCAACCCUUUAAAGGAAGGAAAAAUUGCUUUUCAGAGGUUUCUCCUACACAAACUAUAAAAAUAUCCCAUUGGUUUGUUUCAGAGGUUGCUCCUGACUCCAUGAUCCAGAACACUUGACACUAUCAUUGAGAAUGCUCUCCUGACCUUAGCAGGAGUCUAAUUCCAAACAUUUUCUUACUAUUAAAUUGUGAAAAUGUUUCCUCAAAUCAUUAGUCUUUGAACUCAUGAUGUCUCCUUAUUUUUCUGUUACUGUGAAAAGGCACUGUGACCAAAGCAACUUACAAAAGAAAGCAUUUAAUUUGGGUCUUAGAGUUCCAUAGGGUGGUAGAGUCUAUGUCCAUCAUGUUGGGGUAUAUGACAGGAGCCAGGUGACGACUAGCCAACUGGGAAUGGCUCAGGGUUUUGAAACUUCAAAGCACUCCCCCAAGCAACACACCUCCAUCAGCAAAGCCACACCUCCUCCAGUAAGGCCACUCCUCCUAUUCCUUUCCACUAACUGGAGACCAAGCUUUCAAACAUACUAGCUUAUGGGGCCAUUCUCAUUCAGACCACCAACCAUGAUAUCUAAUAGCUAUACAAUCUGUCAGAAAUUACUUUUUCAUUAGAAAAAUCUAACAAAAGUAAGUAUUCAUCUAUUUUUUUUUCUUGAUCCACAAAGUAUUUAGAUAGAAAAAAAAAAAAGCAACUAAAUAAAUUCUUGCUCUCUUGCGGGCGAGUUGGUUCUGCUUGGAGGAAACCUGGCUCAGCGGUUAAGAACAGGGUCUGCUCUUCCAGAUUCCCCUCACCCACACACGGUGGCUCACAACUGUCUGAAACUCCAGUUCCAGGGGAUCGAAAGCCUCUUCUGGCCUCUGUGAGAAGCAGACACCCAAGUAAUGCCCAGACAUGCAUGCAGGCAAAACACCCAUAAAGAUGAAAUAAGUUUAAAAAAAAAAAAAGGGAUUUUUUUUUUUUUUUAAAGAAGCAUAGUGGGUUAAGCUUAAAAAGUAAGAUCCUCUUUGAGGUACUUAUCCAUCUCCACUGGGGAUCCAAGAGUAUCUGGGCCUGUCCAGGGCCCUUAUGGCCCUGCUGCAUCUCUGGGGACACUUAGUUCCCUCAGGAGAUGCAAGCACUUUGGUCACUGGAAGAUGUAUCCUUUCAGUGCUCCUGUCUAAGAUUUUAAUAAGCUUCUAAAAAUGUUCCUUGUCACCUUUACGCUGACAGUUUCCCAGACCACUGGCUCAACCAUGCUGUGCAGAGGCCUUGCGUUUCUCCUUGAGAUUCUUGUGUUUACCAGAAAGGUAUAGGUAUAUCGCCUGCAUUUGAACACGGUUGUAUUUGUUCAGCUUCCUUCUGCUUCUGAAGGACUUAAGCAUAGUGUGUCUGCAGAUCUUGUAGCUGUCAUGACUUUGCUGCCUAGUUUGGAGCUGGCUUUUCUGGUCCUUCCCUCGAACACUGUCCUCUUCAAACAUUGCUGCCGUUUGAAAUCCUGUUUCCUUGCUGUCUACUUGUGUAACUUUUAAUUAAGAUUCUGAUCUCUUAAGUUGAAAGUCUAUUUCUAAGUUGUUUUCCAUCACAGAAGCUGCAUCCCAACACUUGUCAAUAAAAUGCGUGCGUCCGUCAGUCACAAGUUUAAAUAAGCCAGUGUUGAUGGAAUAUUUAUCACCUUUAGAGCUUUUCCAGUGACAUUUGCUUACGUUGUUUUCCAGUCAAGUCUUGUGAUAGAAUUUCCACAUACACAAUAAAAUAAAAAUACAUUUUUUAAACUCA